ACUGGCUUCCCUUACUUUCUCUAAGGCACAUCAGUCCCUUUGUCUAGCACUCUGAAAUCCAGUUUUUCUGGAAAUCGUUCCUGCGGUGGACACCUUUCUGGACCUUAUGGUUCAUUUUCUACUCCAUUGUAUCCUUCAAAUUACCCUAGCAAUUCAUGGUGUAUCUGGGACAUACAAGUAACUGAAAACCGCCAAGUUGAACUCCGGUUUGAAGAUUUUCUACUGGAAAUUACAAGCCGCUGCCUUUUUGAUUUUGUCGAAGUUUUUGAUGGCUUUUCAUCCACAUCACCUUCUCUUGUGAAGACCUGUCACAAGACAACAAAGUUAUACGUCUCGUCGUCAAACAAAAUGCGAGUUGUAUUUUCAAGUGAUUCUAGUGUCAAUGAUAGAGGUUUUCAUGCAGUCUAUCGUGAGAUUAUUCCAAAGAAUGCAGUCACAACAAAACCAGUCUGGGGUGUGAAAACUACUACUUCAAGCGGAUACUCAAAGCGGCUUGUCAAUGGAAGAAACAGAUGUGAAGGGCGACUUGAAGUGCUUUACGGAGGACAAUGGGGGACAGUCUGUGAUGAUGACUGGGACAUGAACGAUGCUCAUGUUGUGUGCAGGGAGCUUGGAUGUGGAAUUGCUCUCGCUGCAGUGGUAAAGGCUCAGCAUGGCCAGGGCUCAGGCCCUAUUCAUAUGGAUGGUGUACAAUGUGCUGGGAAUGAAAAAAGACUGGAAGACUGCUUUCACAGAGGCUGGGGAAUUCACAAUUGUAUCCAUAGAGAAGAUGCUGGAGUCAUCUGCUCAGGACCAGUCCAGAACACUCCUCCUCCAACAAGACCACCUGUUCGUUUCCAGACUACUCCUUCAGCUGAUGGGACUGUGAAACUAGCCAAUGGAAAACACAAGUGUGAGGGACGUGUGGAGAUGCUUUACAAAGGAAGUUGGGGAACAGUCUGUGAUGAUGAAUGGGGCAUGAAUCAUGCACAGGUUGUUUGUCGGGAGCUUGGAUGUGGAGCAGCUGUCUCAGCACCUGGAAGAGCUUGGUUUGGUCAGGGUUCAGGCCCAAUUCUCAUGGAUGAUACACAUUGCAGAGGGACUGAGAUCAACUUAAAGCAGUGCUCCCAUAAAGGUUGGGGAAUACAUAACUGUCUUCAUAAUGAAGAUGCUGGUGUUGUUUGCUCAGGUAUAACCAAGAUGGCCACUACUGCAGGUAUUACCAAGAUGGCCACUACUGCAGCUCCUGUGAAUGAUACAACCUCAGAUCCUGUAACACUUUCAUGCCUGCCAGACUACAUGAAGGCAGUUAUUGAACGAGAUUAUCUCACAUCAAAAUGUGGCUCUCAGUGUCAAUGGUACUUAAGUGACCCUGCCUGCAAACCUGUGGUUACAAGACAACAAAUUAUAUUCUAUAUUCCAUAUGAUGGUUGUGAUACAAGACGUGAGAAUGCUGGAAGAAUUAGCAGUUUCUCCAACAGUGUCAGAAGUUCUGGAAGUAGCAUAAAUUCCCAAUUCCGCUUCACUUGCGUAAUGGAACCAAGACGAAUGACAGAAAUAGCACGCAAUGUGGAUGAGCGUGACUCCACAAAAAACGUUCAAAAGCAAAAUACACAAGUGUAUAUGAAAUGCUCAUUCUUUGACUCAGAUUCAUUUCGGCACCCAUGGAACAACUUGAAUUACUUUAUAAAUGAGAUGCAGGACUCAUUUUUCCAAGCUACUUUCUAUAGUUUUAAUAGGAACCUGAUAUUAUUUGUGGAUACAUGUGUGGCUUCUCCUAAUGCCAAUCACUUCGGUAUUGGGUCAUAUGAUGUCAUAAAGCAUGGGUGCUCAGACAGUCAUGAUACCCACACCGAUUAUUUUGCACAAAAUGGGAGGGCUACCCGCUUGAGAUUUAAACCUUCCAGGAUUUUCAGCAGAUAUUCCAGAGUUUACCUACAGUGCAAAAUAGUGGUGUGUCGCAGAUACGAUUAUUCCUCUCGAUGCUACCAAGGCUGCCUUUCUAGGAAAACAAGGGAAGCAAGCUCAGAGCAAGAACAGCUGCAAGUUCUUGGGCCACUGAAACUUGAGUAACCUGAAGACAUGAACCCUGACAGCUUGAAUGUAGUGACUUGGUCAUUCCCACCAAGUACAGUGAGAAUACUUGUAAAAUGAAUCAGAUUACAUUAAUCAUUCAGGUGAACAGUUCCAUUGAUUUGGGCACAGUUUGAUACACAAAUCUCCCUUUUUUGUCUAGAUUUCCUGCUGUCUUGUGAUUCAUUACAAAAGAGCUAUGCAAUCUUUUGCUUUACAUUGCUAAAAUGAAUUGGAUCAGUAACUUAACACAAUAAAUAAAUCUAAUU